AGCUAUAUAAAUGUAUAGACUUGUACAUUGCAAUCACAACAACCCAGUCUCAUUGCAGACUUUUAUCAAACAGCUUUCAUCCUAACUUCACCAUCCACUCUUUGUAUCUCUCAUUGCCAUGGCUGCUUCUUCUUCUUCUUCCUUCACUGUUUCACUAGUGCUGGUGUCUGUCCUACUACUGGGCACCUCCUUAAUGGCCAUCUCUGCUAAUAAUUUCUACCAGGACUUCACCCUUACUUGGGGUGAUGGUCGUGCCAAGAUACUCAACAGUGGGGAGCUUCUCACUUUGUCCCUGGACAAAACUUCAGGCUCCGGUUUCCAAUCCAAUAAUGAAUAUCUGUUCGGGAAGAUUGAUAUGCAGCUCAAGCUUGUUCCUGGUAACUCUGCUGGCACUGUCACCGCCUAUUAUUUAUCUUCAAAGGGGGCAGCGUGGGAUGAGAUAGACUUCGAAUUCUUGGGGAACCUGAGUGGAGAUCCUUACAUUCUUCACACAAACGUGUUCAGUCAAGGCAAAGGCAACAGAGAGCAGCAGUUCUAUCUCUGGUUCGACCCAACUGCCGACUUCCACACCUACUCCAUCCUCUGGAAUCCCCAAACAAUCAUAUUCUCUGUGGAUGGAACUCCCAUAAGAGAGUUCAAGAACUUAGAGUCAAAGGGCGUUCCCUUCCCGAAGAGCCAACCCAUGAGGAUCUAUUCAAGUCUCUGGAAUGCGGAUGACUGGGCUACCAGGGGUGGCCUCAUCAAGACUGACUGGACCCAAGCUCCCUUCACCGCCUCCUACCGCAAUUUCAAUGCCAAUGCCUGUGUUUGGUCUUCUGGGUCAUCUUCUUGCAACUCCAAUUCUGCCUCUUCGUCUGCAUCCAACAACAACUGGUACUCGCAAGAGCUGGAUUCGACGAGCCAAGAGAGAUUGAAAUGGGUCCAAAAGAACUAUAUGAUCUACAAUUACUGCACCGACACCAAACGCUUUCCUCAGGGCUUUCCUCUCGAAUGUACCGCCACCACUCAAUCUUAGAUAAAUGUAUAUACUAUAUACAUACACGCAGAGACUCCACCAUCUACAGAGGAGCGGAGUCCACUCCUCUCUUAUCCUUUCCAUUGAUUCCCCCGCCUCUCCCCCUUACCACCUCCCUUCUUUCUUUUUGUGAAAUCCAUGUACUCAAAUUCUUGUAUUUGUUUAUACCAGUGAGUUGUAAUUCAAACAACACGAAAUAACUACUACUUGUAUUUAAUUGUUUUGAAGUUUUAAAAUUUCCCCCUUA